UUAGUUUGAGAAAUUGUAUAUCUGUAAUUGUGUAAUUGUGUAUACAUAGAUAUUAAUUGGGAACAUUGUGAUUAGGUCCUUGAUUGUCCUGUGGCCUUAGCACUGGGAUUAGGCCUUCUGUCCUGUGUAAUUAAGGUAAGUAAAUUAUGGACCGGUUCGCUCGUGAUAUCCUACUAGUGGGAGUAUACACUAGUACUCGUGUGCCUGCCAGUGGGAGGUUUAUAACACUGGCCAUGACUAAUAGAGGAGACCACUACGUGAUUUUACUUGCAUUAAUGAUUUGUUAUUGAAACGCUCUGUUCAUGUUUCAACCGAUUAUUUGGCAUGCUUUAAACUUUGAUGUCGGGCCCCCAUGUUUACUUACUGAGAUAUUUCUAUCUCACGGUUUCCUUGUCCACCAUUUCAGGCUUAAAUAUGAAUUACUAAGUAAGAACUCAAUAGGUCUCGAGCCUUGUGCAUUUGUGGGCCCCGCUCACGAGUGCACGGCGUCUGUUUCGCUCUUGGUUUGGGGCGCGACAGAGGUGGAGGAAAAUCUGAGGUCGAAAAUUAGAAGGAAUUGAGGAAGAAAUUUGAGGGAAAUUUGAGAGAAAAAUCGAGGGAGAAGGGAAGAGAAUUGGCGAGCCUGGAAGGAACAUUGGAGAGAUUGAGAGAAAGUGCAGCAGCUUGUAACCAGAACUUCAAGGAAAUAAAGCUUGAUUUUUCAU